AUGACCAACCCCAACAAGCCACCUAUCCUGAGAGAAGUCCCGCGCUCUCAAGUGACCGACCCCAACGUCCUCGAAUACUACAACAAGCUCUUUGGAGACCGCGACCCAACCGUCGAACGCGGGACGGCGACGGGUACGCCGGGCGACUGGUGGACAACCUUUGCCCUCACACCCGACAUUUUCAACCACUGCACUGACGGCUUCAAGCUCUACCGCAACCCGGGGCGUAAGCUCGACCCCGUCCUCCGCGAGCUUGGCCAAACACGGGCCGGAUGGGUCAAGGGCUCUCAAUUCGUGUUUAGUCAGCACUGCAAGUCCCUCCGCGGCCUCAAUGUGAGCGAGGCCAAGAUCAAAUCCAUCCCAUAUUGGGCAGUCGCCGAUUGUUAUGACGAGAAAGAACGCACUGUCCUCGCGUAUACCGACGCACUUACGAUGGGAGAUGGGCGGGUGCCGCUCGAGGUGUUUGACAAGCUCAAGACUUUCUUGGACCAUGUCGAAAUCAUGGAGUUUACCUAUAUCAUUUGCCUUUAUGGCAUGCACGCCGUUAUGACUCGUGCGCUGAGGCUCGAAUACGAUGCGCGCGAGGACCCGAUUGUCGAGAUUGCCGCGCCGGAAGGAUUUAGCGCAGCAGACUUCCUCGGCGGUUCAAAGAAGCCACAGAAGGAGUAG